GUCUCGAGAAGCUUCUACCUUUCCCAAAAGCCAAAACCCUGAGGCUAACCCUCAUAUCUCUCCGGAACCUUCCAAAACCCUCAGAAACCCUACAAGAACUGCGAACGAUCCCCCUCUGGUCAUACCUCCAAAUACCAACUUCUUCCUCACUCUUCUGCUCUGCGUUUGAGAACCAUGCACAGGCUAUCGAGGCGUCCAGCCGUCUCCUCAAUCCUCCGUGCUAAUGGCUCCCGUUACCGGAGCGCUGCCGCAGCUCAAUCUCCGGCCUCCUCUUUUCUCUUGACUAACUCGGGAGUGGAAGGCGAUACCAGUAACAAGUGGUACUCCGUUUUAACUGGAGGCUCGUCACUCAGUGGAACCGGGUCUGCUCUUAGGAUUCAAUUGCCCAAUGGCAUGCUAUUGAGCAAACGGUAUGAGUCCACGGCGGCAGAAUCUGACGCAUCGUCUCCUCCUCCGACCGGGGAGAAAUACGAGUAUCAAGCUGAGGUCAGUCGUCUGAUGGACCUGAUUGUCAAUAGCUUGUACAGCAACAAAGAGGUUUUCCUUCGUGAGCUUAUUAGGUAUGAUGAUCUGGCUGGCUUAUACCAUUAUCGCCGUCUGGUUGUAAAAGUUUUUGAUUCCUUUGACAGCAAUGCGAGUGAUGCCUGUGACAAGCUGCGCUUCCUGAGUGUUACGGAGCCAGCACUGUUGAAGGACAAUGUUGAUUUUGACAUCCGUAUUCAAACAGAUAAAGACAAUGGGAUUGUAACUAUCACUGAUACAGGCAUUGGUAUGACAAGACAAGAGCUAAUUGAUUGUCUUGGAACUAUCGCACAGAGUGGUACUGCCAAGUUUCUCAAGGCAUUGAAGGAUAGCAAGGAUGCUGGUGGUGAUAACAAUCUAAUAGGUCAAUUUGGGGUCGGUUUUUACUCUGCCUUUCUUGUUGCGGAUCGGGUUGUUGUCUCAACCAAGAGCCCAAAAUCAGACAAGCAGUAUGUGUGGGAAGGAGAAGCAAAUGCUAGCUCCUACACGAUAAGAGAGGAAACAGAAGCAGAUAAGGUCAUUCCCAGGGGAACCCGACUUACUUUGUAUCUCAAGCGCGAUGACAAAGGUUUUGCACACCCAGAAAAGAUACAGAAGCUUGUCAAGAACUACUCACAGUUUGUAUCCUUCCCUAUCUACACCUGGCAGGAAAAGGGAUACACAAAGGAGGUUGAGGUUGAUGAGGAUCCAGCUGAGGCCAAAAAGGAUGGAGAAGAGGGUUCAGCUGAGAAGAAGAAGAAAACUAAAACAGUUGUAGAGAGAUACUGGGACUGGGAACUUACUAACGAGACCCAACCAAUAUGGCUUCGCAAUCCUAAGGAAGUUUCUACUGAGUUGUACAAUGAAUUUUACAAGAAUACAUUCAAUGAAUACUUGGAGCCGUUGGCAUCUUCUCACUUUACUACUGAGGGGGAGGUGGAGUUUAGGUCCAUCCUUUAUGUGCCAGCUGUGUCAUCAAGUGGAAAGGAUGAUAUGGUCAAUCCCAAGACCAAGAACAUCAGGCUUUAUGUGAAAAGGGUCUUUAUCUCUGACGACUUCGAUGGAGAAUUGUUCCCUAGAUACUUGAGCUUUAUCAAGGGUGUGGUGGAUUCCAACGACCUUCCUCUGAAUGUUUCAAGGGAGAUUCUUCAAGAGAGUCGCAUUGUGCGGAUAAUGAGGAAACGCUUAGUUAGAAAGGCAUUUGACAUGAUUUUGGGCAUAUCCAUGAGCGAAAAUAGAGAAGACUAUGAGAAGUUCUGGGACAACUAUGGCAAAUAUCUGAAAUUAGGUUGCAUUGAGGACCGUGAAAACCACAAGAGAAUAGCACCCCUUCUCCGCUUCUUCUCCUCACAGAGCGAAGAUUACAUCAUUGGCCUGGACGAAUAUGUGGAGAACAUGAAACCAGACCAAAAGGAUAUCUAUUACAUUGCUUCCGACAGUGUGACAAGUGCAAAGAACACCCCUUUCUUGGAAAGACUUAUGGAGAAGGACUUGGAAGUCCUCUUCUUGGUUGAUCCUAUUGACGAGGUUGCCAUCCAGAAUUUGAAAUCUUACAAGGAGAAGAACUUUGUCGAUAUCAGCAAGGAAGACUUGGAUUUAGGUGAAAAGGAUGAAGAGAAGGAGAAGGCAAUGAAGCAAGAGUUCGGGCAAACUUGUGACUGGAUCAAAAAGCGCCUGGGUGACAAGGUAGCCAGUGUGCAAAUCUCGAACCGACUUAGCACCUCCCCCUGUGUUCUUGUAUCUGGGAAAUUCGGUUGGUCAGCUAACAUGGAAAGGUUGAUGAAGUCCCAGACAAUGGGUGACACGUCGAGCCUGGAGUUCAUGAGAGGCAGAAGGGUGUUUGAGAUCAAUCCUGAGCAUCCAAUAAUUAGGAACCUGAAUGCUGCUUGCUCAGGUAACCCAGAUGAUGAAGAUGCGCUGAGGGCGAUUGAUCUUCUGUACGAUACAGCUUUGGUUUCCAGUGGUUUCACUCCGGAGAACCCAGCUCAGCUAGGCAGCAAGAUCUACGAGAUGAUGAACAUGGCUAUAUCUGGGAAAUGGUCUGCCCCAGCUGCUGAGUACGUUCCGCAGCAGGACCAUCAGCAGCCUGCGUUCUCUCAGCCGCAGAAUCAAGAACCGAUGGAGGCCGAGAUCGUGGAGCCAGUUGAGGCUGGCAACCAUAAGCAAUGAGGAGAAGCGAUGCCAUGUAUCCUCCCAUUUUCCUACUUCCUAGUACUUUCGUGAUGGGGACUUGGAAAUUAGAGCAUAUAGAAGAGACAUAAGAGGCGAGGCGAGCGAGAAAAUUUGAUUGUUUCAUGAAAAUAACUCUACAUUGUUAGCGGUUGGUUUCUUUGUUAAUGAUCAGGACUUGGAAAUUAGAGCAUAAAGAAGAGAGAUAUGAGGCCGGGCGAGGAAAAUUCAUUGUUUCAUGAAAAUACACUCUACAUUGGGUUGAGCCACAUUGUUAGUUCGUUGGUUGCUUUGUUAAUAAUCGAUUUGGAGUGGUUGCCUCUUAUUCGUAGCUUAUAGUAUCUGUUCUUUGGGUUGAAAAAGAGAAGGAAAUUUCUCAAGGAAACUUUUAUGAUACAAAUUGAACCUUUUGUA